UUUUUGGUAAAGAGUACGAAGAAAUUGGCAAACCCUCCUCCUCUAGUCGCCAUUACUGCUAACACCUGUUGUUCAAAAUGGUUGAAACUCUGUUUGAAGAUAUAUUUACAGUCACUCAGAAAGAUCCUGAUGGAAAAAAAUUUGAUCGAGUUAAUCGCAUUGAAGCACGGAGUGAGCAGUUUGAUAUGUUCAUGCUACUGGAUAUAAACACUGAAAUAUAUCCUAUGCGCGUGAAGGAUAAAUUUAUGAUGGUUUUAGCUUCUACUUUGAACUUGGAUGGGACUCCAGAUACUGGUUAUUUCAUUCAGGGUAACAAGAAAUCACUUGCUGACAAGUUCGAAUAUGUCAUGCAUGGGAAGCUAUAUAGGAUCUCAGAGGAAGGUUCGGGGAAGCAUGUUAAAGCAGACAUUUUUGUUUCAUUUGGAGGACUUCUGAUGCAGCUGAGAGGAGAUCCAUCCAUUGCAGCUAAGUUUGAGCUUGAUCAGAAGAUUUUCCUUCUCAUAAGGAAGGUUUGAUGUAAACAAAUUUGGUAACAACUCAAUUUGAACUUAAAAGGCGACGGACUAUUUGUGAGCGCCUAAGCUAUUGGCACGUGAUAAAUCGCGUGGUGGUCUCAGUUUCUCAAGGAUACAAAAGAAUGUAAUUGAGAUAUAUAAUAACGUAGACCAUGGAACAAGAGCUCUAUAUAUGUUUUGCAAGGUCUUAAAAGUUUAGCCGUCUUAGAAUCAACUUCAGAUAUGCGGGUCAUUGCAGAGUGUGAAAGUUUCGAAUUUAGUGGACUUGCUCAUUCAUCAAGUGAAGUAGUCAUUGUUUAACCAAUCUGCUCGUAUGCCAGAUUGUUUGUGCUUUUCUUAUUUUGUCUCGCUCUAAAUAGAAUGACUCUCUUAGUUA